AUGCCCCGGGGCCACGGUUUGGCCAAGGGCUCUCCCAGCGCCAACGCCACGGAGCGAUUCGUCAUCGCCACGGGCCCCCGGGGGUGCUCUAAGCUGGCAGGGGUGACACGCCUUGCCACCCCUGAGCGGACAGACACCAACCCGUUCCCGAAGCCCGGACCUGGUGAAUCGGGUCAUUUACGGGCUGUGGCGGAGCGGCUGGGCGUCAGGCCCCCCGUCCCGGGCGAAGGGCCUCGGCGGGAGAUCCGGCCUCCUGCUCCACCUUCCCUUUGCGGUUUCUGGAGACGCCCCUGCCCCGUGCCCCGGCUGUUUCCUGGGCGCCGUGCCGGGCGAGGUGUGAAGAGCCCCAAGUGCCCGCCACUGCCCUGCGAGGGCGGCCGGAAGGGUGACUACGGACAGCGGAGAAGUCCUCCCGGCGUGCGGCAUGGCGCUCAGCCACCCCGCCCGGGGGAUGGCUCGGUCUCCGGGGUGCGGGAACCGGGGGCCUUGCUCUCCACCGUGCCCUCCCACGUCCUGGGGGAGUCCCCAGACAGGGCAUGCGGCCAGGAACCACCUGGAGCUGCGUGUGCGAGGCAGCACCUGCAGAUGCGCAUUUUAACAAGCGUCCGGGGUGACGUCGAUGCCGCCGGUCCCCUGGCCAUGCUUCGAGAUCCACGGCCCCCCAGCAGUUCGGGACGUGUGCCCCCUCGGGGCGUGGCUCCAGCUGACGACUCCCGCAAAGGCCCGAGUACAGGGUCCGUCCCGGGUGGCAGAAGAACCAGGCCUCCGCGCCAGGCGGGUGCGUGCUCGGACCCUGCUUCUGCCCAAGGGUCCGUGCGGACCCCGGGCGAGCGGACCCCCUCCCCCCGCCCCAGCCUCCCGAGGUGGACCCCGGACAGGGACCCACGCGGCGUGCGAGGGCGUGGCGCACAUACGGCGUUCGGAGAACCGUCCUCCGCGGCCUCCCCCUACGGACGAGUUCUGGGCCCCCCUCCGCCUUCCCUGCCCAGCCCGCCGUCGGCCCGUUCCCACUGCGCGUCCUGGAGCUGCGAGACGCGAUUUUCAUGGGAUUGGAAUAAACACACGGAAGGACCUCGAGGUUUUACCAUCCGGGCUGCCGAGGACACGUGGAUGCUGUUGUUGGACGUGGCUCGCAGCAUCCAGGAGCCUCUAGCUGUGCUGGGGACGUUCCCCGCCGGGAACCUGGAGAGAACAGAGCUUGGGAGCCCUGCCCUUUGCUGGUGCCCGGGGCGGCCGGGCUCUAAGCUGGUUCCCGGUCCCAGAUCCGGUUCCCUGGAGACGGACCUGAAGCAGGAUUUGUGUCCCGGCGGUAAAGGCCACGGGAGAAACCAGGACAGAGAUGCCGCGGUGAUGUUUAGGACUGAAGUACGUGCAUGUCCGCACGAUGCUAGUGGGUUCCACAACGUCUAUGACUAUCGGCCGCGCAGAAAAAUUGGCAAAAAGCUAAUCGCUGAGUCUAAGUCGCAGACAUAUGGGACGCAGUCGCUUCUACUAUGUUUGAAAAUUUCGUAACGAUGGGGCGCCUGGGUGGCGCAGUUGGUUAAGCGUCUGACUUCAGCCAGGUCACGAUCUCGCGGUCCGGGAGUUCGAGCCCCGCGUCGGGCUCUGGGCUGAUGGCUCGGAGCCUGGAGCCUGUU